AUGGUGCCAAAAUCUUUCACAUGUGUUAGAGAGGGUGGCCUGCUGACUGCAUCUCCACAGGAGCGAUUCCACGCCAUCGCUUGUGAGGCUUGCAGGUUGAAAAAAUGCAAAUGCGACCGUAGAAUUCCAUCAUGCUCUCAGUGUCAGUCUGCUUCGUCUGAAUGCCAUUACCAAGAAGGUGGGAAACGCGGACUACCUGCUGCUUACAUCAAGGCUCUUGAGGAGCGACUGGCGGCAACCGAAACCGCACUCUCUGCCACUCUCAUCGCCAUUCGGAACUCAGCCGCCGAACACAACAUAGAUGCUCACUUAAAGGGCGUGGACUCCAACUCGUCACUACGACAACGCUCAAAGGCAGAGAAAAUGGAAGAUUGGAAGCGCUUGCCGCUGCAGACACGCGAUCAAUUGAUGGUGUGGCUUCAAGCUCAAGAGAAUGAAGGUCUGGCAGCAACCACGGCACCUCAAACAAACUACGAUGAACCAACACCUGAGCUCCAAAUUCAUCCUACAGCGCUGCCAAGGACGGUUCUGGAGCAUCUGGAGACUUGCAAUCAGCCAACGGUCCCAAAUCGUUUGGAUUGCUCCCCGGAUUCCAGGCGAUGGACAGAGAAUUACUUCUAA